AUGGCGGCUCAGAUUAGCAAGAAGAGAAAGUUUGUAGCGGACGGAGUGUUCUACGCUGAAUUGAACGAGGUUCUCACUAGGGAGCUCGCAGAGGAUGGUUACUCUGGUGUUGAGGUUAGGGUUACUCCAAUGAGGACUGAGAUUAUCAUCAGAGCUACACGUACCCAAAACGUUCUCGGGGAGAAAGGGAGGAGAAUCAGGGAGUUAACAUCACUUGUGCAGAAGAGAUUCAGAUUCCCACAGGACAGUGUUGAGCUUUACGCUGAGAAGGUGGCCACCAGAGGUCUCUGUGCCAUCGCUCAGGCUGAGUCUCUCCGUUACAAGCUUCUCGGUGGGCUUGCCGUUCGUAGGGCUUGCUAUGGUGUCUUAAGAUUCGUCAUGGAGAGUGGAGCCAAGGGAUGUGAGGUCAUUGUGAGCGGAAAGCUCCGUGCAGCACGUGCCAAGUCAAUGAAAUUCAAGGAUGGUUACAUGGUUUCCUCUGGUCAACCAACCAAGGAUUACAUCGACGCUGCAGUCAGACACGUUUUGCUUAGACAGGGUGUGCUCGGAAUUAAGGUGAAGAUCAUGCUCGACUGGGAUCCCACGGGCAAGAACGGACCAAAGACGCCAUUGCCAGAUGUUGUCAUCAUCCAUGCUCCCAAGGAAGAAGAAUUCUACUCUGCACCUCCUCAGGUUGCUGCUCCGGUUGCUCUUAUGCCGGAAGAUCCUCUCACAAACGUAGAUUACCCUGAGAUGAUCCCAGUCGCUUAA